AUGCCGCGAAAAAAGCGCCGCCGCUCACCGCCCGCAACUGGCGUAUUUGGCAUCGCCAUCAACAACCCCGGACUCUCUCGCGCUUCCUCGGAGUUGCUCGUCCAUCCAAUGGCCUCCACAAUGGCCUCAAAUGGCGUCGCCUCGCCGUCGCCACCUCGCGAGCAAGUGGGUUUGACUGAAGAUAUCUCUCCAAGCUCCGACAUCUUCAACGCCAGCUCCGUCGCGGAGAUCAAGGCCGCGCUAUCCCACUUGCACAGUCAAGAAGCCUCCGUGACCGCCCGUCUCGAUGCCCUGGUGUCCUCGCAGAAGGAUCUCUCGCGCGAAUUGGGCCGCCUCGAUCUGAUGCGCGCUCAUAUUGGUACCCAGACCAACACCACCCGAUCAGUCAGCCAUGGAAUGCUCUCCGAAGCCGCCGGCACCGCCGAGCGGAUCUCCAGCGCGGUCCGCCGACUCGAUCUGGAACAGGCCCGUGUGAAAGCGACACUGGAAGUGGUGGAGCAGGUGGCAGAGCUCAAGGCAUGCGCAUUGGGCGUGGCGGGAUCCAUGGGUGCCUCUCAGGACUGGGAGACGGCAGCCAGCUACUUGCACCGGGCGGCGCAGGUACCCCCGGCGGUGGUCAACGGUGCCUUUGCGGCAGAGAUGGUGCCCACGGCGGAAGUACCAGACCCGCCAAGUGUCACCCUCGACAAUGCGGCCGAGUCCCUUUGUGGGCUGUUCUUGCGCGAGUUCGACAGGGCGGUUAAGGAGAGUGACGGUGCGAAGAUCACCCGGUUCUUUAAAUUGUUCCCGCUCAUUGGCCGGUCUGAGGUUGGACUGGAUGUCUAUGGUCGCUAUGUCUGCCAGGGUGUGGCAGCCCGCGCUCGUGGUAAUCUCAAUGCGGGUCCUGGAUCUGGAGCGAAGGACGGCUUUUUCUACGCCAAUGCCUUGACCAAGCUGUUUGAACAUAUCGCGCAGAUUAUUGAUGGACAUGGUGGUCUGGUGGAACGACACUAUGGCCCGCGCAAGAUGGGUCGUGUCAUUGAACGUCUGCAGAUCGAGGCCGAUGUCCAGGGUGGCAUCAUCCUGGACACCUGGAGCGACGAGCGUCACGUGGACCGCAAACUUACAGACAUCAAGUCUUACGCCUUUACCUUCCUUGUGCAGAGCUUCCUUCCUGCCCAGCGGCCCGGUGCACAGCACUCCAAUUCUCCGGCUCCAGGGGCCAAUGCAGCGAAUGAAGAUGAGGGUGUGGAUAUGAAGGAGAUCGAUGGCAUUCUCAACGAGAUGGCAAUCAUGCUGGGCCGAUGGUCCCUCUACUGCCGCUUCCUGGCAGACACAUAUAACCCUCCUACGGAAGGCGAAGGGGAAGAUGAUGAUUCCCGCCAUAUUUUGCCCGAGUUCCUGUCAGACUCGCCCUUGGCACGCAAGAUCAAUGACAAAUUGGUGACUCCAUUCAACGCAAUGACCACCUUCUUUUUCCGCCGUUCCGUUGAGAAAGCAUUCCAACUCGACGAGGUGCCAUCAGGCCUGAACCUGAACAUGCAAAAGCCGCUCAAGGCCGACCCCCCGCAUAUCACGUCCGCAGUCGACGACAUCAUGUACAUCGUCAACAAGGUCAUCCAACAAUCCCUGGCAACCUCCCAAGAAGCUGUCGUAACCAACGUGGUCCCCACGCUCUCCCGCGUCCUCGGCUCCGACUUCAUCGGCAUGACCCAACGCAAAAUGCGCGACGAAUGCUACCCCCGCGCAGCAGUACAAGGCACCUCACCACCAGAACAAACAACCAUCGCCUUUCUAGUGCAAAUGAACAACCUCGACAUCGGCAUCGACUACAUCCGCCGCAUCGUCCAUAACAACACAGGCACUAAACAACUCCUAGAAAACAAAGACACCCAAGGCAAGGAUCUCAUAACAGACCACCUCCUCAGCCUCUUCCCCUCCCGAAAAUCUGCCCACAAGGUCGCAACCACCCUGCAAACCCUCGCCACCUCCUUCGAAGCAAAGGUCAACGACCUCCUCACCGAUGGCAUCCAAGUCCUCUUCAACAACGUAAUCAAGCACCGCCUUCGCCCAAUCCUAGCCGAUGCCUUCCGAGACAUCGAAUACCAGCCCCAACUAGACGACUCCACCGAAGGCAUGGACUACGACGAAAAUUCUCGCAACAAGGAACUCGUCCGCCCGCGCUUCGCAGCAGGCUGGUCCGAGCUCCUUGUCCCGAUAGCCCGCAUUCUAACCACCUCCGCCUUCGACCGUCUACUUACUGUGACAAUCGCCUACUUCGUCCGACUACUCGAGAAGCGACUCUGGUCCUACCAGGGUCGUAUUAAUCAGCUCGGCGCCGCGCGUCUGGAGCGCGAUGUCUCAGGCCUGAUUAGCGCGGCUGUUGAUGUUGGGUAUGGAUCGACUGUUCCGGGCCGGUAUAGACACCGGGAAUCGUUUGCGCGGUGCGUGCAGAUGACGCUGGUUAUGAGCAUGGAUGAGGAUGAGUGGGAUGAGGUCUUGAUGGGUGGGGAGGCAGCGGAGGUUGUUGAUAAGUUAAGUCGAGAGGAGAAGGUUCGUGUUAGGGGAAUGGUUCGGAGGGGGUAG